ACCGGAAGUGGGGCGGGGAACGGUCCUUUCGGCUAUAAUUUCCCCCCGCCUUGCCCAAAGGGGAGAUGUGAUUGAGGGAGUGGGCGGGGUUCGCCUUCUCAUCCACCCGGGCGAGGCUGGAGAGGAAGGAGUGUGCGUGGAUGUCUCUGUAGCCGGUGACUCAAAAUGGCUUCGAGGGGAACCAUUGAAACCAGCAAGUUGAAGCAGAACUUGGAAGAGCAGCUGGACAGGCUGAUGCAACAGCUGCAGGAUCUGGAGGAGUGCAGAGACGAACUGGAUGUCAGCGAGUAUGAAGAAACCAAGAAGGAAACGCUUGAGCAGCUGAGUGAGUUCAACGACUCCUUGAAAAAAAUUAUCUCCGGCAAUAUGACCUUGGUUGAUGAGCUUGGUGGGAUGCAACUGGCUAUACAAGCAGCCAUCAGCCAGGCUUUUAAAACUCCGGAAGUCAUCAGGAUGUUUGCCAAAAAACAGCCUGGGCAGUUGAGGACAAGAUUGGCUGAGAUGGACAGAGACCUGAUAGUGGGGAAGCUGGGACGAGACCUCUACACUCAGCAAAAGGUGGAAAUCCUCACGGCUCUCCGGAAGCUGGGAGAAAAGUUGACCCCCAGCGAUGAAAUUUUCCUUUCAACGAACGCAGGAAGUGCCCUCAGCCAGUUUGAGAAGGUCUCGACUGAUCUCGGAUCUGGGGAUAAAGUCUUCGCCCUGGCAAGCUUUGAGGUAGAAAAAUCAAAGCAAUGAAGACUCUUUUUUUUUUUUUUUGGAGACUAGACGCAUUGGACUCUUUUUUUAAAAAUCACGUUGUAUUUGUGUGUUUCUUACAAACCUUUUGUAAUAUUUGUUAUUCUAACAGUGAGUUAACCUAAAACAAACAGGUCGCAGCCUUUUCAAAUCGGCAACACGCAUCUUGCAGCUGAAACCAGAGGUACUUUCUAAAAAAAACGAAAAAGCAAAAAAAAAAAUUACGUCCUAAUUUGCUGCUUGUUGUCAAGCUUUUGUGCAGAUCUGAGAGGUUGGCUCCUUCGCCUUCUGUAUCCCAUCAGAUGCCACUCUGACUAGCAAAGUUGUUGCCCGCAAUGAGACAAAGCCUCUCUCUUUUAGCAGCCUUUCCACCUUUUUACAGCCGCGUAUGUUGAACUGCUUGCAGAAAAUUGGUCAUAUUUAUUUUUAUCUUUUAAAAAAUGGGGAGUAGGGGCUGGUGGAACGCAGGCAACAGCCCUUGGUGGAAAUUGUGCCUCUCUCAAAACCUAAGAUUGCCUACAAGCCAGCCGCCUAUUCUUCCAGCCCGUUUGAUGUCCCCGGGUACGGCUGUACAGCAAAGACACAACUACGGGCAAACAAUAGCACCCCUGUAAGGAAUUUUCUGGGCCAGUUUAACUUUGUGCAUCGGAAUGACAGUGAGCACAGUGGGAAGCAGCCAAAAGACGCAAGGCCUCUGGCUUCCCUUGUGUAGCUCGUAGUGUUACAACUAUAAGCUAUUGUUCUUCCUAUACGUUAUAAGGACGGAAUGAAACGGUGUCUUAAAUAGAAAUAAGGGGCGGUCGGGGGCCCUCCCUAUACGAGUGGGCUGUGCCGUUUCCUGAACAGAGAUUUCUGCCUCUCUUAGACCUCUCAAACUCUUGUUUUGGGGCGAAGAGUUUUGCUUGAAUCGUGCAACAUUAUGAAUGUGUUGUAUUUUCAAUGCUGUUUGCCUUGGGAAACAAGUC